AUGAUGACGCCAAUGAUGACGUCAAUAAUGGCUGCAAUGAGCUUAUUUAAGGGAAAGUACUUGUACAAAGCGAUGAUGCCGAAUUCGCCAUGGGGAGAACACGAGAUGGAUUAUGUGCUCAUCCUUCGUAACUUCGAUCUGUCACGGAUAGAAGUAAACGCGGAGGAAGUUGAAAAUUAUGCAGUUGUGACGACUCCAUUUAUGCGAAUGACUGUACUUGAAUCAAGUUGUGGGAACGUGCUAUCAAGUGCCAAUCCGGAUCCAAAGAGACCGGUGCUGCGGAAUGCAACCGCUGUGUUGUUGGGAUGUCGACUCGAGCUCGUGGAAUACUGCAAUUGGCCCACC